AUGUCUGAACAAAUCAAAAAGCGUACUUUCAAAAAGUUCACAUACUCUGGUGUUGCCUUAGAGAGUCUCCUUGACUUAAAGGAAGAACAAUUAAUUUCAUUAUUGAGAUGUCGUGCUCGUAGAAAGUUAAGACGUGAAACCCCAAUCAAACACGUCAACUUCUUAAAGAAAUGCAGAGCCUCAAAAGCCGCCGUUACCCAAGUCGGUGAAAAACCAGCCCUCGUCAAAACCCACGCUCGUAACAUUUUAAUUGUUCCAGAAAUGAUCGGUUCUGUCAUUGGUAUCUACAACGGUAAAGUUUUCAAUCAAGUUGAAGUUAAACCAGAAAUGAUUGGUCACUACACUGGUGAAUUCUCACUCUCAUACAAGAGUGUCAACCAUGGUCGUCCAGGUAUUGGUGCUACUCACUCUUCAAGAUUCAUCCCAUUGAAGUAG